AUCCCAUUUCCCACAAACCCCCGUCCUCUCGCUGCGCAAGCGCAACCCAACCACUCCGCCUCCUCCGAGGGCGAGAAGCUUCCAGGAGCUAGGGUUUCUCGCACCGCUCGAUGGCGCUGACCGUCGUCGUGGUGCUGCCCUCGCCACCGCCGCCCCCGCCGGAGCACAUCGUCGUCGUGGUGCUGCCCUCGCCGCCGCCGCCGCCUCCGCCGCCCCCGCCGGUGAGGAUCGUCGUCGUGGCGCCGACGCUCGUGCGCUUCGCCCGCGUCCUCUGCGUCGCGGCGGGAGUCCUCAUCUUCCUGCACUUGGCGGCUGUGUGGAUCAUGUCUGCGGCCACGGCUGCAGAGGUCGUCGCGCGCCGCGCCUGGGGCGAGGGCUCCGCGCCAGUCCUGUUCCUCCAGGCGGUCAUGUACGGGGCCCUCAAGGUCUGCGUCUGCAUCAUCCUUGCGGUGCUCGUGAUUGUCGUCCUGCGGCUGUGCGUGGCCUACGUGAUUGCAGCUGUAUCUGGAUCCACUUCGGGAUUCAGGAAGAGCACCUUCGGAGGAAUCAGGCCAGAGUUGACUGCACACUUGUUUAGGCUUCUGCGCCCCGUGGUGCUUGGAUUUGUCGUGGAUAUGGCCUUUCUCCUGCUAAUAGUCAUUGGUCUUCUGGUAGAAAUGAUGUCGCCACAUGUGGAGGGAUCGAUAUCUCAGGGGCAAAUGGUUGGUUCGGUGAUCAUGGAUGUGGGGACAUUUGGUUUUCACGCGACAGCUUGCUUUCUUAUCAUCCCAGCUCUCGUUCUUAGUUUUUGGAGGGAGCGCUAGGCGGACAGGAACACACCAUCGCAGUUCUGUUGAGAUGAAGCUAAGACGAGAAGGUGUCCGGAGAUUUUUGCAAGGAGCUACAGUACCCGUUCAGCUGAUGGUCGUGAGUGAUCCCAACAGAUACAAUAUUUCAGUGGAAAACAGAGUUUUUGCAGAUUGCUUCGUUCUGUUAGUAGAUCCGAAUCGUCGAUAGCCGUGAAAACUUUUGUAGACGUGCUUCUUUCUGCUAUUACUAGAUCCUAAUCGUCAAUAGACAUGAAGUUUCUUGGGUCAUUAUGAGUCAGGUGGUGAUAUUCGGUACUCCUCCGCGCUACUCGCUUACAAUAUUGCACUAGACUAUUGGUGUAUAUAUGAUGGUGGAAUUGAUUCGUGAUCUCUUUGUAAUACCCUAUUGGAAGAAAAUGCUUCCAUGAGACAUUAAUCUCGUGAAAUUACUGC